GUUUGUUUAUUAUUUGAUUAAAGUGGUUUGUUUUGGUAAUACGGUAACAUUCAGUUUUCUCAUACGAUUUUAUAGGAAACUUGUUUUCGUGUUCGCAUUUAAUAGAUCUUUCUUUCUGCGACCAUCAGAAUGGUCGAUCGAAACGCCAGUAAUUACAUUGCCACUUUAAAUGAAAUCGAAACGAAAGCACUACAAAAAGUGCUCAAUCGACGAGCUCGGCAAGAGGCUGAAGAGCUCAUGAUCGAAGCAAAAAUUAAUCAGGAAAAAGAGAUGACCGAGCGAAAGCAGUUACGGUUAAUGGAAGAGGCAAAAUAUGCGGCUGAUAUGAACGAACGGCACAGACUGAAAGUGAUUGAUUCGAAACGUCGUCAACAGAUUCGUGAAUCUAAUCAGGAGCUGAGGGAAUUGGAGAGUAAGUUGCGGGCAGCGUAUGUUUCGAAAUCGAUUCGACUGCAAUUGGCCGAAAAGGAAGCACUCAGGCUGGAAGAAAUGUUGAAUGUUAAGAAAGAGCAGAAACUUCUGACUGAAUCACAAUUGGCGUAUCAGCGUGAAAUCGACGAAUUCAAACGGAAAGAGAAAGAAAAUCAACUUUUACUACGGAAUCAAUUGACGGAGCAAAUUGAGAACAAAUCAUUUGAGAAGAAAAUGAUGUACAAGGAGUUCUUAGAGGAGAAACAGAAGCUGGAUGAGAUCGUGCGACGAAUACAGGAAGAACAGAUAGCCGAUUUGUACGAGAAAUUGCGCAAAAAAGAGAAUCUACGGCGAGGCCUUGAAGAACUACAGCAUUCCAAACAAGUUUGGAAGGAACGAGAACAGAUCGAAAUCGAGGAAGAAAAUCGCCGCAUUAUGAAGUACCUCCAAGAACAGGAAAUUCGAAAUAUGGAGGCAAAGGCGAUUGCUCGCGAAAAACUGAAGCAUUCAUUCGCACUGGCAGAAAGAAUGUGCGCCGAAUUAGAGGAUAUUGAGCAACAAGCCCAACGUCGCGAAGAACUCUUACUGGCACUCAAAAUUGAGGAGAUGAACGAAGAGGCAGAAAUGAAGGAACGCCUGAAUUUGGAACGAGUAUUUCGUCGACGCAUCGAGACGCGAAUUCAAUUGGAACAACAGAAACAGGACAAUUUGGAUCGAUUAGCUCGAGAGAAAAAUGACGAUGCAGAAUUUCGAACCGAGCAACUCAGACUACUAUCGGAACGGGAUCGAAUCGAUGAAAUGACUGCAGAUAAACGUCGUCGAAUGGUAAUGGAACAUCACAGAGCUGUGCGAGAAAUUAUGGACCAGCGGAGAGUUACUCGUGAAAUGGAGAAAAUUAAAUUGGCCGAGGAGCACAGAUACGAUUUGGAACAACAAGAGGAAUUACUUAAAAUCAUCGAAGAAGAACGUCUGAAGCUGUUAAAGGAACACGCGACCGAACUUAUCGGCUACUUUCCACCAGGAAUACUACGAGAAACAGAUCUGGCCCAUUUAAACAUGUGAACGCAUCGGUGAUAGAUCGCAAUUUAUUCGCUUAAUAAACCAGGCUUAAGUGA